CGCCCGAGCCCCGCGGCUGCCGCAGCAUUCCCGGGAAGGACAGAAUGACUGACAACAUGAAGGAGUGCCUGGCGCAGACCAAGGCGGCUGUGGGGGAUAUGGUGACCGUGGUGAAGACCGAGGUCUGCUCACCACUCCGAGACCAGGAGUAUGGCCAGCCCUGCUCUAGGAGACCAGACCCCUCAACCAUGGAAAUGGAGCCCAAGAAACUGAAGGGAAAGCGUGAGCUCAUCAUGCCCAAAAGCUUCCAGCAAGUGGACUUCUGGUUCUGCGAGUCCUGCCAGGAGUACUUUGUGGAUGAGUGCCCGAACCACGGUCCCCCAGUGUUUGUGUCCGACACGCCAGUGCCCGUGGGCAUCCCAGACAGGGCUGCCCUCACCAUCCCGCAGGGCAUGGAGGUGGUCAAGGAAGCCAGUGGGGAGAAUGACGUGCGAUGCAUAAAUGAGGUCAUCCCCAAGGGCCACAUCUUCGGCCCCUAUGAGGGGCAGAUCUCCACCCAGGACAAAUCAGCUGGCUGCUUCUCCUGGCUGAUUGUGGACAAGAAUAACCGCUACAAGUCCAUAGAUGGGUCAGAUGAGACUAAAGCCAACUGGAUGAGGUACGUGGUCAUCUCCCGGGAGGAGAGGGAGCAGAACCUGCUGGCGUUCCAGCACAGCGAGCGCAUCUACUUCCGGGCGUGCAGGGACAUCCGGCCCGGGGAGCGGCUCCGGGUCUGGUACAGCGAGGACUACAUGAAGCGUCUGCACAGCAUGUCGCAGGAAACCAUCCACCGCAAUCUGGCCAGAGGAGAGAAGAGGUUGCAGAGGGAGAAGUCUGAGCAGGCUCUGGAUAACCCAGAAGACCUGAGGGGUCCCCUUCAGCUCCCCGUGUUGAGACAGGGCAAAAGUCCAUACAAGCGUGGCUUUGACGAGGGGGACGCACACCCCCAGGCCAAGAAGAAGAAGAUUGACCUCAUUUUCAAGGAUGUGUUGGAGGCUUCACUGGAAUCCGCAAAGGUGGAAGCGCAUCAGCUGGCCUUGAGCACCUCGCUGGUCAUCAGGAAGGUCCCCAAGUACCAGGAUGAUGCCUACAGUCGGUGUGCAAUGAGCAUGUCGCAUGGCGUGCAGAACGUCAGCCGGACCCAGGGGGAAGGGGACUGGAAGAUUCCCCAGGGGGCUUCCAAGGAGCCCAGGGGGCUUCCGUUGGAGGAUGAAGAAGAAGAGCCUUCAUCGUUCAAGGCCGACAGUCCCGCCGAGGCCUCCCUUGCGUCCGACCCUCACGAGCUUCCCACCACCUCCUUUUGCCCUAAUUGUAUUCGCCUAAAGAAGAAGGUCCGGGAACUCCAGGCCGAACUAGACAUGCUUAAGUCUGGGAAGCUUCCCGAACCUCCCGUAUUGCCAGCACAGGUACUGGAGCUCCCAGAGUUCUCGGACCCUGCAGCCUCCGAGAGCAUGGUCUCCGGCCCCGCCAUCAUGGAGGACGAUGACCAGGAGGUCGACUCUGCAGACGAGUCCGUCUCCAAUGACAUGAUGACCGCCACCGACGAGCCCUCCAAGAUGUCCUCCGCCACCGGGCGCCGCAUCCGGCGCUUUAAGCAGGAAUGGCUGAAGAAGUUCUGGUUCCUGCGGUACUCCCCGACACUCAACGAGAUGUGGUGCCACGUGUGCCGUCAGUACACCGUGCAGUCCUCCCGCACGUCGGCCUUCAUCAUUGGCUCCAAGCAGUUCAAGAUCCACACCAUCAAACUGCACAGCCAGAGCAACCUGCACAAGAAGUGCUUGCAGCUGUACAAGCUCCGCAUGCACCCCGAGAAGACGGAGGAGAUGUGCCGCAACAUGACCCUGCUCUUCAACACCGCCUACCACCUGGCCCUCGAGGGCCGGCCCUACCUGGACUUCCGGCCCCUGGCCGAGCUCCUGCGCAAGUGCGAGCUCAAGGUGGUGGACCAGUACAUGAACGAGGGCGACUGCCAGAUCCUCAUUCACCACAUUGCCCGCGCGCUGCGGGAGGACCUGGUGGAGCGCAUCCGCCAGUCGCCCUGCCUCAGCAUCAUUCUGGACGGGCAGAGCGACGACCUGCUGGCCGACACGGUGGCCGUCUACGUCCAGUACACCAGCAGCGACGGGCCCCCGGCCACCGAGUUCCUGUCCCUGCAGGAACUGGGCUUCUCCAGCACGGAGAGCUACCUGCAGGCGCUCGACCGGGCCUUUUCGACCUUGGGCAUCCGGCUGCAGGACGAGAAGCCCACCGUCGGCCUGGGCAUCGACGGGGCCAACGUCACGGCCAGCCUGCGCGCCAGCAUGUUCAUGACGAUCCGCAAGACACUGCCCUGGUUGCUGUGCCUGCCCUUCAUGGUGCACCGGCCCCACCUGGAGGUCCUGGACGCCAUCAGCGGGAAGGAGCUCCCGUGCCUGGAGGAGCUAGAGAACAAUCUGAAGCAGCUGCUGAGCUUCUACCGGUACUCGCCGCGCCUCAUGUGCGAGCUCCGGUCCACGGCGUCCACCCUGUGCGAGGAGACGGAGUUCCUGGGGGACAUCCGCGCCGUGAGGUGGAUCAUCGGGGAGCAGAAUGUCCUCAACGCGCUCAUUAAAGACUACCUGGAGGUGGUGGCCCACCUCAAGGACGUCAGCAGCCAGACCCAGCGGGCCGACGCGUCCGCCAUUGCGCUGGCCCUGCUGCAGUUCCUCAUGGACUACCAGUCCGUCAAGCUCAUCUACUUCCUCCUGGACGUGAUCGCCGUGCUCUCGCGCCUGGCCUACAUCUUCCAGGGCGAGUACCUCCUGGUGUCCCAGGUGGACGACAAGAUCGAGGAGGCCAUCCAGGAGAUCAGCCGGCUGGCCGACUCCCCGGGGGAGUACCUGCAGGAGUUCGAGGAGAAUUUUCGAGAGAGCUUCAACGGGAUUGCAGUGAAGAACCUCAGGGUGGCCGAGGCCAAGUUCCAGUCCGUCAGGGAGAAGAUCUGCCAGAAGACCCAGGUGAUCCUGGCUCAGAGGUUCGAUUCCCGAAGCCGGAUCUUCGUGAAGGCCUGCCAGGUGUUCGACCUGGCCGCCUGGCCCAGGAACAGCGAGGAGCUCCUGAGCUAUGGCAAGGAGGACAUGGUGCAGAUAUUUGACCACCUGGAGGCCAUCCCAACCUUCUCCCGGGAUGUGUGCCGGGAGGGGCUGGACCCCCGGGGCAGCCUGUUGAUGGAGUGGCGGGAACUCAAGGCGGAUUACUACACCAAAAAUGGCUUCAAAGACCUGAUCGGCCACAUCUGCAAGUACAAACAGCGCUUCCCGCUCUUGAACAAGAUCAUCCAGGUCCUCAAAGUCCUCCCCACGUCCACCGUGUGCUGCGAGAAAGGCCGCAAUGCCCUGCAGCGAGUUCGCAAAAACCACCGCUCCCGCCUGACCCUAGAGCAGCUCAGUGACCUGUUGACCAUCGCUGUGAACGGCCCGCCGAUCGCCAACUUUGAUGCCAAGCGAGCCCUGGACAGCUGGUUUGAGGAGAAGUCGGGCAGCAGUUACGCGCUGUCCGCCGAGGUCCUCAGCAGGAUGUCAGCGCUGGAGCAGAAACCAGUGCUGCAGACCGUGGACCACGGGUCAGAGUUUUACCCGGACAUCUAGGGGGCCGGCGUUCCAGAGUUCACUAAGCUGUUGAAUAUUUU